GUCAGUUAGUGCUUCGAUUGUCAUUUGUGCGCAACCGUUCAUUUUCGGAGAUUUGCUUUCGCUGUUUGCGGGCGAAUGGCAGCGUGAGCGCGUAAAGGGAAUCACGGUGAUAAAGUUUUAACUGUCUGUUGUCGUUGCUUUUUUACCUGUUCGUUCGCGGUCGCUGGAUGCAAAAGACACAUUCGCAGUUGUUUGAUGAUAAAAGUUGAAGAGCUAUUAAUUGAAAGAGUGAUUGUAAAUUUUGGAAAAGAUUGAAGAUUGCGGAAAGAGGAUUUAGUGUGCACGUUGGUUGAAUAAUUUACAGUUUGUUUGAGUUGACAUUGUGCAAGUAGCUAAUUAGGUUGUUUAACGGUUCGAUGACCUGUGAGAUUAAUGGUGUGAAUUAUGUGGAGAUGUGUUUCGACGUUUAACCAUUUUUAGCUGGUUAUUGGCUUAUAAGAAAAGUGUUUAUCAGGAGAAAACCGACGGUGAAGGUGAAUUACUCUUGGCUACCGUGAGCAAUUGGAAAUUUGGCAAAAUUCCGCCGCUAUCGAUAAUGUCGUCCGCUACUCACGAGGAGGAGGAUCUGGAUCAUGAACAGGAGAUAAACGUGGAUGCAGAUUCGGAUUCACACUCGCGAAUGUCCUACAACAGUAAUGGUUCCGAGGAUAUAGAUCUGGAUGGUGAUGGGAAUGGAAGUUCCUGCUACGAUGAAUCGGAUAUUGCUAGUGAUCAUCAAACCCCCUCGGAACCGACGACUCGAUCUCCCAACGAAAACCUGACCUUCAGCAUAUCGAGGUUACUAUCGAAACCAUACGACAGCCACAAAGACAAGGACAUUUCGGAGGAUAGCGAUAGUCAAAAAAACGAGAACCACAUUUCUGCCGCCGGACUUCAGUAUACGGCCGGCGCUCUCUACAGCUAUCCAAUCUACCCACCCAGUCAUGUGCUACGAGUGCCUCCCCAACGGGGACCCUGCAAUCCACUGUCCUGGUCGCUGCCUCCGCUACAUCCGGCUGCACUGGCCCACCAAGCCGUCAAGGACAGACUAGCCGACAUUCACCAUUUAAACCAUUCAAUAAUUCAUAUCGUAAACAAUUGUACCAAAAUGACUAACGGAGACUUCGGAAGUCAUUUGACAUCUAGCGAAGCAGCAUUCCCCAUCGCCCGCCGGAUCGGCCAUCCCUAUCAAAAUCGAACGCCACCGAAGCGGAAAAAGCCCCGCACCUCGUUCACCCGGAUCCAGGUGGCUGAGUUGGAAAAACGAUUUCACAAACAAAAGUACCUUGCAUCCGCCGAGAGGGCAGCACUGGCGCGGGGACUGAAAAUGACAGACGCCCAGGUCAAAACGUGGUUCCAGAAUCGACGGACCAAAUGGAGGCGCCAAACAGCCGAGGAACGUGAAGCGGAACGACAAGCGGCAAACCGGUUGAUGCUCUCCUUACAAGCGGAAGCUCUCAGUAAAGGCUUUGGUCAGCCUCCGCCAUCAGGUGGGCAACCGAACAGCGUUCCAGGGGCACCUCUGGCUGCACUGCAUGGACUUCAACCGUGGGCUGAAGCACACACUGCGGGUUGCUGAAGGAACAGCGCUAUUAGGCAUAUUGAGAGGACUUUCCUUUACCAUCUUUAGAGCCGUAGCGAUAUAGUAAUAAAAAUUUCUUUGUGAUAUAUGAAAUUAAAUUAGAAAAGGAGAUCACUUGAGCAGGUUCUGCUAGGUUAGGAACGUUCAUAAAACCUGUAAAUUUAUGUAAAUAAAUGCGGAUAACAAAAAGCAAGAAUUUAUCUUAUUGUGUAAGAUAAUUCAAAAAUCAAUAUCAUAAUGACAAAAAGUAGAAAUAAUAACGUAUUUACUUAGCCUCAUUGUUCUUUAUUUCGACGCUGACGUCAAAUGUACAGCUAAUGUUGAAAAAUACAUCUUUACAUGCAUCAGUAUUUAAAAGGCAUCAUUUCCACGUUUUAUGUUGUAAAGUUUAGAAACUUUUCAAAUG